CCAUCACGGAUAUGGCGUCCAUCCACUGCCGCCCGAAUCCCGGCCGAGCGUCGCAAAGACGUGCUCCAUUGACCCAACUUCCCUCCACAUCGGUACCUUCACACGCCAGCAUACCCACAAUGUCCUACACGAAUUUUCUCGCCACCCAACUAUCUCUAACUCACACCAAAACAACUCACACCCACAAUGACCUCUGGCAACAAACCACCACCUCAGGAAAGUCCUCUUCCAAGCAUCAACCGCUUCAUUACAGCCCACGACCAUGAGACCAGAAAAGCUGUCUUCUCAACUGCACUUCCCGAAAAGAAUCCAACCCAAGUAGUUCCAGGCGCCGUGUUUCGCCAGGGCUAUGUCACGAAAGCCUUCCCUGUAGAGCUCAACAACGAUGCCGACCUCAAUAUCUACAAAAGCUUCCUCGAAUCCCCACCUGGUAUAGUCGCCUCGGGAGGGACGGUAUUGCGCGUUGUGGACAUGCACCCGAACUUCACCUCACCCAUGCACAGGACCGUGUCGCUGGACUACGGAAUCGUCAUUGAGGGAGAAGUCGAUCUGGUGCUUGAUUCGGGAGAGACGAAGACGCUAAAGCGAGGGGAUAUCGCAGUGCAGAGAGGCACUAUGCACGCGUGGCGGAACAAUCACAAGACUGAGUGGGCCCGCGUAGUUUUCAUCCUGCAGCCCUCGCGGCCUGUUGUGGCUGGCAGCGAGGAGCUGGGAGAGGACUAUGGGGAUAUGGAAGGAGUGAAGCUGUCCGACUAGAUCAUCCUCUAAUACAGAGGCGUUGAGAACUUCUGGCGAAAUGUUAAGAUGCUCAAUCUCGUAUCAGAUCCGCAGGAAAGAUCCAAAUCUGGUGCAUACUUGCUUCAUCCGAUGCCACAAUGUACCGAAACCGACGCUCGGCAGCGUCUAGCCGAGUUGGGGAAGCCUCGGCCGU